AUGGCCCCCAAGAACGACUCCUUCGCUCCCGUUGGGGAUGCUGUCAACAUUGAGAGGCAGUCUGACCAUAGGAUGCGCCGGACUCACUUUCCUCAACGCAACCUCUCGCAUCGCCUUCACCUCAACCUUUGCAAAUCCCAUCCCCUGCCAUUCAACAUGACCAUCACUUUCGACACUUUCUGCGUCCACUCCAUGAUGGCCGUCUCGGCAGUCAUGGACAGAAAGAGACAAGAAUCCCAAGAAACCGCCGACGCAGAAGCGAAACAGGCCGCCGAAACAAUGGCUAACGCGACUCCAGGUGACGCCGCCAAGGGUGCCAAGCUCUUCCAGACCCGCUGCGCUCAGUGCCACACUGUCGAGGCUGGCGGUGCCCACAAGGUCGGCCCCAACCUGCACGGUCUCUUCGGCCGUAAGACCGGUUCCUCCGAGGGUUACGCCUACACCGACGCCAACAAGCAGGCCGGUGUUGAGUGGAACGAGGAUACUCUCUUCAAGUACCUCGAGAACCCCAAGAAGUUCAUUCCCGGCACCAAGAUGGCCUUCGGUGGCCUCAAGAAGGGCAAGGAGCGCAACGAUCUCAUCACUCACCUCAAGGAGGCCACCGCAUAA